GUGCAGGAGUCAAUUGCUCCGACCAAAGGUCCAACGGCUCAUGAGCACAAGGCGACCAGCGCGGUCGUGUUUAUAACCCCGACUACGGCAUGAAGACGGGCCCUCAGGCAAUCAAAUCAGCGCUCGCGCUCAGGUGAGUUGUGCCGGGAUGCCGCCCUGGCCUAAACCCCGAACAAGGCCGGCCCUUGACCAAGUCUUGGUUAACGUCAUGAACGACAUCUGGAGCUGUCACUUCGGGUACUCGGAAUUAGGCCCUUAGCUACGAAACAUCCACCAGGUUCUUGCAGUUUGCGCAGGUCCAAGACACGAAUUAAAGAAGCAGCGCACGCUCCUUCGUUUUUCGCAUCAUCAAGCGACGACUGCCCUCACGGCGCAACACAACACACCACCACGACCGACAACAACAACACCGACCAAGACGACGACCAAUAUGUUCACCAAGACCAUUCUGAGCGCCACUGCGCUGCUGGCGGGUGUUGCGACGGCGGCGACGGCACCUGGGUUUCCCAUCCAGGUUUCCCAGAACUUGACGGUCAUGUACGGGAACAAUACCGUGUCGCCUGGUGGAGAGCUGAUUCCCCGUCCUGAAACCGCACAACCCCCGACAAUCUCGUCCCCAGUAUGGUUCGCCGACGAGCAAGGCCCCGGCCGAUGCGUCCUCCUCAUGGUGGACCUCGACGUACCCCGUAACAACUCGCGCGUCCAACUCGUCCACUGGAUUGCCACAAAUGUAACACGCUCCGUGCCCAUUUCUGCCAACACAACAGGAUCGCCGCUUGUGAUCCCCUCGGAUAAUCCCGUCCCGUACCUUCAGCCCUCGCCUCCUGUCGGCGAUAUCCCGCACAGUUACACGUUCAUCCUGAUGGCACAGCCACGCAACUUUAGCAUACCCUCCAUGUACGACGAUCUAGCAGACAACAGGGUGGGCUUCAACGUUAGCCAGUUCGCGGCUGACGCGAAUUUGACAAACGGAAUUGCCGCGACCUGGAUUACAGUGCAGAACCUUACUGAGACGCCCACAAACACAAGCUUCCCACCCCCGAGGCCGAGCCCAACAGGGGAUGGUGCAGACUCUGGCGGUGCUGCUUCGGGUGAUGCGAGUGGCAUGAUGAUCGCCGGUAGGACGUUUUGGGCGGCAAUGAGCACGACAGUGGUGGCGGUUGUCUUUGCUAUCGCUUUGUAAAGAAGAGUUGGAGGUCAGAAAGUAAACGUAAUGAUAUAAUAUUGAGAGCACGAGGCGAUAAGACCUGGUCGAUACAUGAAGACAGUACGGAGAUCUUACG